AUGGCACGAACAAAGCAAACCGCUCGUAAAUCAACCGGUGGAAAAGCUCCUCGUAAACAACUCGCAACUAAGGCUGCACGAAAAAGCGCUCCAGCUGCUGAAAUCAGACGUUACCAGAAAUCGACUGAAUUGUUGAUCCGAAAACUUCCAUUCCAACGCUUGGUUCGUGAAAUUGCACAAGAUUUCAAAACUGACUUGCGCUUCCAAAGUUCGGCCAUUGGAGCCCUUCAAGAAGCUGCUGAAGCUUACUUGGUUGCUUUAUUUGAAGAUACAAAUUUAGCGGCUAUUCACGCGAAACGUGUUACAAUUCAACCAAAAGAUAUUCAACUUGCCAGAAGACUUCGUGGGGAACGAUCUUAA